AUGGAUAAAUACUUUAAUGGCAAGAAAAGAAAAGAGAAGGAAGAAACAUCAAAAAAUUUAACGAUUGAAGAGCAACAAAAUCAGAAUGAUAUUGAUAAUGAUCAUGUUGAUGAACAGAAAGAGAACAAGGAAAUUAUUGAACCUGAAAAUAUGGAUGAGUCAAAACAGAAUGAUGAAAAUCAUGACAUUCACAUUGAUCAAAAGAUAAGAGACUUUUUAGUUGAAGUGGGUCCGAAAAGAGCUGAUAACAUCUUCUUUCCCAGAGAUGAUAAGGGUAGACAUUUUGAAUCAUCACAAUAUAAGCGAUUAAUGGCAAAUGGCCAGACAACUGAUAAAGAUGGCGAGGUGGGAAGUGCAAUUGUCACAAAAGUGAAACAUGCAAAAUAUUUUUCCGUCAUACUUGAUUGUACUCCAGAUGCAAGUAACGAAGAACAAAUGUCUCUAGUAAUACGAUGCGUGGAUGAUUCGAUAGACUCGCCGAUGGUACAAGAAUAUUGGAUUGAAUUUUUGAAGGUGGAUGAUGCAUCAGGAUUUGGACUUUUCAUCGAGCUUAAAAAUGUGUUAAAGCAUCUUGAGCUUGAUAUUGAUAGUAUAAGAGGUUAA